AUGCCCCCCCAACUCGACCCCGUCGACAAGCGCCAAGCCGCCCGCGAAGUCAUCGACAUCCUCCAAGAGAUCUCCGACCUGCUGAAUACAAAUCUCGACCGUACAGAACUAUCAUUGUGCGUGUCGUUGAUUGAGAAUGGGGUGAAUCCCGAUGCGCUUGCGACUGUUAUUAAGGAUUUGCGUAAGGAGGCUGCUAGUACCAAGCGGGUUUCUAAUGCGCCUUCUGCUACGACGGAGUAA